UACAAAGUACAGGAUCCACCUGAAAGUUACCUAUAAAUAUACAAGACAUUUGUUUUUUUUUUCCUUCACAGCCUUCUAUACUUGGAGAAAAAAGAAAUGGAAACCAAAACAAUUACUAGCCCAUGCCUCCAAGUUUCUACAUUGUUUCUUAUUACUUUUCUUGUAUUCAUAUCGAAUACCCAAAACUCAUUAGCCAUUACCACCACAAAAACCUCAAAGACAACCUACAAAAAUUACCUAAAAACAGCUUGCAACUCCACCACAUACCCUAAAAUCUGCUACAACACUCUCUCCCCUUACACGUCCACUAUUCAAACCAAUGAUCUCAAGCUUUGUAAUGCUGCAUUGACAAUUACGCUUAAAGCCGCCAGCAACACUUCUGCUAUGGUUAAAAGUCUGUCGAAGCAGAAGGGACUGAGCAAGGGUGAAGUUGCUGUUAUUAAAGAUUGCCAGUAUGAAAUUGAAGACAGCGUUGAUGAGCUUAAGCAGUCAUUGAAGGCUUUGAAAAAUCUGAAAGGUUCUGCUGAUAUGGAAUUUCAGAUCGAUAACAUUAAAACAUGGAUUAGUGCUGCCAUAACUGAUGAAAAUACUUGCACAGAUGGAUUUGAAGGAAUGAAGGUAAGUUCAAAAGUGAAGAGCAAGAUUAAGAAGAGUAUAGUGAAUGUUAAUAGGCUUACUAGCAAUGCUUUGGCACUUAUUAACAAACUAAGCUACUAGUUCUCUGCUUUCUCUCUCUCUCUCUAUAUAUAUGGGAAGAAUCUCUUUUUCUUUUUUUCUUGUUCUUGUUCUUGCUUCUGGUAUAUGUGUGUAAUGAUCAAAGAUUCAAAAUGCAAGCUUCUAUGUAGCUAUAUUCACCAAUGUAUCAUAAUGCCUUCAAACGUAUAAUUUGCUAGAUUGAAUAAUUCA